GGGUGAUAAAUUGAAAAUGAAAAGGGACGAACGCCAUUUGCCAGUCGACGCUUUUGGAAAAGCAAAUAACAAGCACAAGCUUUAUAGCGAUUGGUACGGGAAAAUAUCGAUCUGAUCGUACAUGUCGGAUAAUAAUCAGCAGAUGACAAUCAACUAUAUGACUUAACAUUGUGUGAGAAGACUCCAUCAGUCGGGGGCCCAGCUUGAGAACUGUCUGAUCUUCGUCCAGCCACAAUUAUUACACUCUUUGAAAUAUGGAACGGAAUCAAUUGAAAAAUCGAGCCGUUUUCGUCGUUGCUGUCGUUGCUAUCAUGGCGACAUGGGCCAUGGGCGGAGUGGACGCAGACUCGCACGGCGCUCCGCUGUCCUCUUGCCAAGACAUGGGAGCCAUUCACGCCGUUUUCCCGGCCCAGCCAGUGGAGACUUGUCCCUUCGGCAUCACUUUUGAUCAGAUGGAGAUAACGAAUGACGAAAGCCUCACUGUUACUCUGGCAGCCAAGCCAGGCUUUCUAGACACUGAAGUUAAACGCGGCCCUCAAAUACCUGGACAUUUUACAGGUUUCCUCUUGAUGGCGUUCGAUGCCGACAACAAGACUGCCGGACCGAUCGGUUAUUUUACGGAAGUCAAUCCUGCCAAAGGACAAUUCCUGGAUUGCUUCGAUUUGACAAAGAGUGCCGUCACACACGUCAACCCUAAUUAUAAGCCAACCGUCGAGGUAGUGUGGACACCUCCCGAGGAUUGGGAGGGAUCUGUCAUUUUCAGGGGUUCCUUCAGUAUGAAUAUUGCCACGAUAUGGGCUAAAGUGCCGUCAGACAUCGUUCACGUUAGAAAGGCGUCAGAGACAACAACAGAGCAAGAGACAACAACGACUACUACACCGACCACUACUACUACACCGAUCACGACUACUACACCGACCACUACUACUACACCGACCACCACUACUACACCGGCCACGACUACUACACCGACUCCGACCACCGUCACGGUGCCUACGACGCCAGCCUCGGCCGGACACUUGAGUGGAAGUUGGAUGAUGACCCUUUUUGCCAUCGCCUUGGCAUCGACGCCUUUCCUAGUCUAAAGUUAAUAGCAUUGGCAUUUCUCCUGUGCUUCAAUCCCCUUAUACACACGUUGAUUUUCCUGAAUGUAGACGUCUUCAAUACAUGUACACGUUCUUAUUCCCCUCUAA